AUGGCCGAGUUUCGUGAAAAGGCCAAAUGUCAGAUCGACAUUGAGAAACUCCGACAAGCUCGGAAAACAGAAAAAUCACACUACCGAGACAACGACAGAACGCGAGACAACAGGAAGAACUCCAAACCAGCUUUGCGAUAUGAGUCUUACACUCAAUUCAACACCAAGCGCGACGAUAUCAUCAAGGAGAUAUUGAAUUCGAAGUUGAUCAAACCACCAAGAAAAGCUGACAGUUACCCAGAUUCAAAAGGCACGGACAGAUCAAAAUACUGCUCCUUCCACCAAAAGCACGGGCACACUACCGACGAGUGUGUCAUCGUCAAAGACCUUCUGGAGCGAUUAGCUUGGCAAGGUCAUUUGGACAAGUACAUCGGUGGCUAUAUACAGCCACGAACAAAUUCCUCUGGUGAACAAAACUCAGCGACACAGCAUUGCCGAGAUAAAGAUCGGCCAGACACCAGCCAUCCCGACAAACUAAGACGUAUCAUUAACUGUAUUUUCGGAGGUUUUGCAGGUGAAGGAACCACAAGCUCAGCAAGAAAGCGAUCUUACCGAGCCAUGCUUUCCAUAGAAGCCAAUCAAACUCAACAACAGACACUUCCGCAGUUUUUGCAGAUAACAUUCCAGACAGCUGACCACAACACUAAUGUGGCAAAUCUAGAUGACCCGGUCGUAAUCACCCUGCAGCUCGGAGAUCUCCUAGUAAAAAAGGUAUUACUAGACCCAGGAAGCAGCGCCGACGUUUUAUUUUACUCCACAUUCCAGAAAAUGAAACUAAGCAGCAACAUCCUCCAACCUUCCACUGGAAACCUAGUAGGUUUCUCAAGUGAGAGAGUCCCAGUUAUGGGCUCACUUGGUGAGUUUCCAUCAUCCAAAACUUCUGAUAUUCAAUACUUGGUGGUUGACUGUUUUAGUCCUUACAACUUAAUACUUGGCCGACCUUUCUUAAAUAAGUUCGGUACUAUAGUAUCUACAAUUCAUCUUCUUAAGUUCCCUUUGCAGGAUAAGACAAUUGCAACCAUUCACAGUGACGCCCGAGAAGCCAGGGAAUGCUACAACAAUAGUCUCAAAAGACCUAACCGAAACACAAAAGCCCAUGUUCACAACAUCGGCAACAUGAACGACCAACCAAUGCUGGCCGACCUUAAUCCCAGAGCGGGAACACUUGAAAGGCCAACCCCAACAGAAGACCUACAUAAAAUCUAUUUCACAGAAAGCACGGACAAAUUCACAUACGUCGGUUCAACAUUAUCCUCAGAAGAAAAAUCCUCAUUCUGA